GCACGCGUGCACAACGUGGGAACUCGCGCAACCGUGCGCCCCGUGCCAUUAUGUUUUGAAAUAACCGAGUAGUAUGGACCGGUUCGCUUUUGUCGGCGUUUUAGAUCGGUGCGCGCGUAACAGGCCGAAAACGGACGAUUUUUUCGAUUUUCGCUUUUCCGACGGUACGCCGACGGACACACGUGAAACCCGCAGGUAGAAACUCUUCCGAUGUAUAAUUUUGUGCGACACCGCCGUGCCGUUUUUGUACAUGUUGUGCCGCUCGUCAGACGAAAACACAGUUAAGACAGCAAUAUUAUGUCAUCGACGAACAAUGACUCAGAAGACGACGAUCCGAGGGUACAUUCGUCGGGGAUGUCAUCCCCCGGUCAGCCCAGACGUUACGAGCUUUCGAAGUCCGAGUUGCGAAAGAACAAUAAACCAAUUAUGGAGAAAAAAAGGAGAGCCAGAAUCAAUCAGUGUUUGAACGAACUGAAAACACUUAUAUUGGAUGCACUGAAAAAAGAUGGUUACAUGCGAGAUUAGAAGAGUGUUCAUUUACAAGACGCAUCAUGGGGUGAAUUGAAUGGUUACGACUUACGAGCGUAGUUUGUGGCGUAUAACGGGACUGCGAAGGGAGUGACGUUUCGUAAGGAGAGUGAAGGGAUUUUGAAAUUUACUUGUGGUACAAGAGAUGAGAAUUUGUAAACAAAAAUUAAAUUAUUAAUAUGUCAGGAUCUUCCAGACAAAAAUUUAAAAAUACAUUAUUU